AGGUCAGUCCAGUUUAGAGAUUAUCUACAUUCAUGUCAGUUGGGGAGUUCAGUUGUCAUAUAAGUAUGUGAGUGGUUCUGAAGUGCAUUUUCUCAUAAAACAACUUGUUCCCGAUUAUUGUUCCUCUUCAGGGAUCCACCAAACGAAACUGUCGGCCAAUUGAAACCUGAUUUUAUUCAAUAGAGCUGGACAAUCUGCAUUCGUUCAUCUCCGGUCAUCUCCGAUUACCGGUUGGAUUGCAGCCUCCACAAUGACACUUAUAUAUUCGAUAGUUGUGUGUUGUGCGACCAUGGCUUUGACGGUGAGUGCAGUUCUUCCAACACUUUACGAGUACUACACACUUCCGAAGAUUGAAACCGGAUUGUCCGCCAAUCAGUCCUACUUCACCCUCAAUGGACGCAAUAUCAGUCUGUACAGUGGCGCCCUUCACUACUUCAGGGUGCCAAAACCCUACUGGCGGGAUCGUUUGAGGAAGAUGCGGGCUGCUGGUUUGAACGCUGUCGAAACCUACAUACCGUGGAACCUGCACGAGUACGAAGACGGCAAAUACGACUUCGGCAAGGGUGGAACUGACAUGCAAGAUUUCCUGGACGUAAAAGAGUUCUUUCAAAUAGCCAAAGAAGAAGAUCUAUUCGCUAUUGCUCGACCAGGUCCAUUCAUUUGUGCCGAAUGGGAAUUCGGUGGUUUCCCCAGUUGGUUGUUGAGAACCAAGGAUAUAAAAGUACGUACAUCCGACAGUAAAUACAUGAAGUACGUUACUAGAUACUUCGACGUAUUACUACCAAUCUUGGCCCUACUCCAAUUCACCAACGGCGGUCCGAUUGUAGCAUUCCAAAUAGAAAACGAAUACGGCAGCACUGAAGGAAACGGUUUCGAACCUGACAGGGUCUACCUCAGACAACUCGUUGAUUUAUACAGAAAGAAUGGCAUAAGGGAACUCCUCGUCUCAUCAGACAGCCCUACAGCUCACGGCGACAAGGGAACUCUGCCAGGGGUACUUUUGCAAACAGCGAACUUCGCGGGUAACCCCAAGGCAGAAUUCGAUAAACUGAAGGAACUGCAGCACAACAAACCAACGAUGUCCAUGGAGUUUUGGACUGGGUGGUUCGACCACUGGUCAGAAUAUCAUCACACUAGAGACGACGAUGAUUUCGGCAAAGUUUACGAACAGAUCCUGUCUUAUCCCGCUUCUGUCAACAUGUAUAUGUUCCACGGAGGAACUAGCUUCGGCUUCCUGAACGGUGCAAAUCUAAACAAUGCGCAAAUUGAUAACUCAGGUUACCAACCUGAUACGACCAGUUAUGACUACGAUGCCCCCCUAACAGAAGCUGGCGAUUACACUGAGAAGUACGUUAUAGUGAAGAAACUCCUGAAUCAAUACAAUAAAGUACUGACAAAACUCCCGGUUACUCCAGCCAUAUCCGAGAAAAUCGCAUACCCCAAAAUAUCUGUUGAAAAAGAGAUGAUGCUGGAUGAUAUAUUAGCCAACAUACACAGCUCAGUGUCUUCCUUCAAUCUUCUCUCAAUGGAGAAUCUCCCGAUUAAUAAUGGCUCUGGUCAAAGCUUUGGAUACACCCUUUAUCGUAAAGAAAACAUUGAUCUACCACCAAACUCUGUACUGACCAUCGAAGGGAGGGUUUGCGAUAGCGUGGUGGUCCUCGUGAACGGUGUUCUCAUGUCCAAACCGUUGUUGUAUACGGAAGAUCUCAAUGGAUUUGGAUUUUGGAAGGUGAACAACUCUAAACUCACUUUAGGACCGAGAGGACUGAAGAAUGCUACUUUAGAUCUCCUGGUGGAAAACUGGGGUCGAGUCAAUUUUGGAUUACUUCCCCAAUUCAAUCAGUUCAAGGGUUUGUGGCAGGGUGGCGUGUUGAUCAACAAAGAAAAGGUUACAUCUUGGAAAAUUUAUCCGAUAGAAUUCAAGAAAUCUUGGAAUAACAAUCUUGUAGGAUGGAAAGACCCAUCUGGGAGAUGGGCCCCAGGUCCUUCUUUACACAAAGCUACUUUGAACGUGAAGGAAACCAAGGAUACCUUCGUUAGUAUGGAAGGAUGGACUAAAGGAAUAGUAAUUGUGAAUGGGUUUGUACUUGGAAGGUAUGCAAGAAUUGGGCCCCAACAGACACUGUAUCUUCCAGCUCCUUUCUUGAAAAAUGGUACUAAUACUAUUCUAGUGUUUGAACACUACAUGCCAGCUCCUGAGAUAAAGUUCUGCAGGACCCCUCACUUCAAAACAAUCAAGAGGAAAGGUUUACAAGGGAGAUCGUCAUCGAGGAAUUAAUAGAACAAAAAAGAAUUUCCUGAGCUUUGUUGAUGUGUGAUAUGGAUGAACCAUUAAACAAUACACGCGUUGUCAAUUACAUAUACAUACAGAUAACAGUAUUUGUUAAUAUGAACAUGAAUAUAUUUUUCCACUGUA